CCUCUGUCGUUUCAUUUCUUCCUAUCCGUGAAAGAAUUGGGACGAAGAACGAGCAGAAAGAAAGAAGAAGAAGGAAAAGGAGAAGAAUGAGGAGGCCUAGGGUUUCAGGGAGGAAGAAGGGGAAGGAGGAAAACGAGAAGCAGAAGGGCGAGUCCCCGGAGGGCCUUCCCAAAGGAUCCACCAAGGCGUCCACCCGAGGGAAGAGGGUCAAGGCUCCUGCUGCCCCGAAACCGAAGCCCGAACCGGAGUACCUCCCCGACAGAAGGAAUCUGGAAGAUCUUUGGAUAGCUGCAUUCCCUGUUGGCACAGAGUGGCAUCAUUUGGAUUCUCUUUACAAGAUCAAUUGGGAUUUUUCAAAUCUAGAGAAAGCAUUUGAGGAGGGUGGAGUGCUUUUUGAGAAGAAAGUUUACCUUUUCGGCUGCACAGAAGCUCAAUUUUUGUUCUUCAAGGGCCAAGGUCAAGUUCUAUACAUUCCUGCUGUGGUGGCUGUUGUAUCCCCAUCUCCACCUUCUGACAAGAUUGGAAUAAAAUCUGUCCAAAUGGAAACUGAAAAGAUAGUGCCAAUGAAAGAAAUGAAGAUGGCUUGGGUUCCAUAUGUUCCUUUGGAAGACAGGUUAACUUCAAUGGAACGUUUUAAGGCUCAAAUUUUCACCCUGAGUUGCACUCAGAGAAGGGCUGCCCUGGGGCAAUUAAAGGAAGAACGUGUGAGAAAAUAUGAGUAUUGCCUCCCAUAUUUCUAUCAUCCCUUCAAGGAGGAUGAGCAAGAAGUGGAUACAGUUGUUCAGAUCAUGUACCCUAUGGAGCCUCCUGUGGUGACAGAAUUUGAUUGGGAACUGGAUGAGCUUGAGGAGUUCACUAAUGAUUUAAUUGAGAAGGAAGCUUUGCCAGAGGAACAAAAAGAUGAUUUUAAGAAAUUUGUCAAAGAAAGGGUGGUAGAAAGUAAGAAAAAGCAAAGAGAGGCAAAAGAGUCCCGUAAAAAAGCCAUAGAGGAAAUGAGUGAGCAAGCCAAGGAAAACCUCAAGAACAUGAGAUUUUAUAAGUUUUAUCCAGUGUCAACGCCAGACACGCCUGACAUAUCAUCUUUCAAGUCUCGGUAUAUCAAUCGAUAUUAUGAGAAGGCUCACGAGGUAUUUUAAUGGAGCAACAAAUAGAGCGGAAAUCGCCAGCACUUUUCUGCGUCAACUCCAGUGUUCUUUUUCUUUGUAAUGGCUCCCUGAGGUGAAGUUCUUCUCGAAACACACCGACAAAGGGAGUAAACCUGUGAUCGCGAAAGUGGUUGCUGCAUCAAACUACUGAUGCUUGCAAGCUUUAGGUGCUUCUUCCACCUGCUGCUGCGAGAACCAUCCUGCUGUGGUGUAGAAAAAAGAUCUAGUUAACUCAGCCGUUCAGCCAUCGCUACAUCCUCCCCUUUUUGCACUACGUUGGUACUUUCAUUUUUUCAUUGUUUAUAUUUUGUCAAUUACAUUAUCUUUUAUAUGUUGUGGGAAAGGAUAACGAAAUCAAAUGGAAAUCUAAUCAACCUUAUUUCUUCUUUUCUCUUCCCGUC